GUAGAAUCUCUACAUAAGAACCCAUCUGCCCAAUCGUCCCUCUGAGCAGUCCACACCAAUUUCACAGCGUGAAGAAACAUCCCAUUGACAGAAACAACACAUUAUUUUAAACAACACAUUAUUUUUAUCAAGUGUAUUAGGGGGAUAUAAUUACUGCUUUGUUGGUGGUAUUGUAGGAGAGAGAGCAUGAAAUGCUGAGAUCGAUUGGUAAGAAUCAAGAAUAGCAUCGAGAGUUUAGGGGGACAGAGAAACGAAAAAAAGGGGUGUAAGUUGAGUUAUAUGGGGGGAGGAACGUUUGUGGAUGGGGUUAGAAGGUUGUUUCAACGAAGAGGACCUUCUCUAUCAGUAACCUCCACUAGUAGUAAUACCCAUGAGAAUCAUUUGACCCCUUUUGAACAAAAUAAAAAAGAAAGAGAACAGAAGCUUAGGAUUGAAGAAGAUUUUGAUUUAUCUGGGCUUAAGCUUAUUAAGGUCCCUAAGCGGAUUAAUUUUGCUGUCUCCUCUUCCUCUUCCUCAAUGGAUCACCAAAAAAAGAAUAAUCUGGAAACGGAAUUCUUCACAGAAUAUGGAGAAGCAAGCAGAUACGAAGUUCAAGAAGUAAUAGGAAAAGGUAGUUAUGGUGUUGUGGGCUCUGCAAUUGAUACCCACACUGGUGAAAGAGUUGCAAUCAAGAAGAUUAAUGAUGUCUUUGAGCAUGUCUCUGAUGCCACUAGGAUUCUAAGAGAAAUAAAGCUCCUUCGCUUGUUGCGCCACCCAGACAUUGUAGAAAUAAAGCACAUUAUGCUGCCUCCAUCUCGUAGAGAGUUUCAAGAUAUUUAUGUUGUUUUUGAAUUGAUGGAAUCUGACCUUCAUCAAGUAAUCAAGGCAAAUGAUGAUCUUACUCCUGAGCAUUAUCAAUUUUUCUUGUACCAGCUUCUUCGUGGCCUAAAAUACAUCCACACCGCUAAUGUCUUUCACCGAGAUUUAAAGCCAAAGAAUAUUCUUGCUAAUGCUGACUGUAAGUUGAAGAUUUGUGAUUUUGGUCUUGCCCGCGUAUCAUUCAAUGAUGCUCCAUCUGCUAUUUUCUGGACUGAUUACGUUGCAACUCGAUGGUAUCGAGCUCCUGAAUUAUGUGGUUCCUUCUUUUCAAAAUAUACUCCUGCAAUUGAUAUUUGGAGCAUCGGAUGCAUAUUUGCUGAGAUGCUUAGUGGGAAGCCACUAUUUCCUGGGAAAAAUGUGGUACAUCAAUUAGACCUAAUGACGGAUCUGCUCGGCACUCCCCCACCUGAAUCAAUAGCCAGGAUUAGAAAUGAAAAGGCAAGAAGAUAUCUCAGUAGCAUGCGCAGAAAACAGCCAGUUCCGUUUACACACAAAUUUCCCCAUGCAGAUCCGUUGGCUCUUCACCUAUUAGAACGGUUGCUUGCAUUUGACCCUAAAGAUAGACCAACAGCUGAAGAGGCAUUGGCUGAUCCAUACUUCCAUGGUUUAGCAAAUGUGGACCGUGAACCAUCCACUCAACCCAUAUCUAAGCUUGAAUUUGAGUUUGAGAGGAGAAAGCUGGCAAAAGAUGAUGUUAGGGAGCUAAUCUACAGAGAGAUAUUAGAGUACCACCCACAAAUGCUUCAAGAGUAUCUUCGAGGUGGAGAGCAAACUAGCGGCUUCAUGUAUCCAAGCGGUGUUGAUCGAUUCAAGAGACAGUUUGCCCAUCUAGAAGAACAUUAUGGUAAAGGUGAAAGAAGUACUCCACUGCAAAGGCAACAUGCUUCUUUACCCAGAGAGCGGGUCCCCGUGGCCAAAGAUGACACAAAUAAGGAGAAUGAUGAUUUGGAAAAGAGAUCAGCAGCUUCUGUUGCUACGACACUUCAGAGUCCUCCAAGGCAGUCUGAAGGCUCGGUAAAUCCAAACGGAAAUGUGCAAAAUGGGUCAAAUACUGUUGGUCGAAGCUUGUUAAAGAGUGCUAGCAUCAGUGCGUCUAAAUGUAUAGGAGUUAAAGGGAAAAAAGAUAUAGAGGGAGAGGCAAUUGCUGAGCAAAAUGAAGAGGUUGAAGAAUUAUCUGAAAAAGUUGCUGCUCUUCGUGCCUGAUGUACAAGUCCCACAAUUAUGUGAAAUUAGAUGAUUCUAGAUAUAUUCUGCCAUUUUACACACACCCCCCCUCCCCCACAAACUGCGUGGAUCAACAGAGUUUCACAUUAACCGUUGUUGAAGAUCUACUGUUUUAUUGAGGUAGAGGCUAACAGAUGUUAUUGUCAGUAUUAGGAAGAGAAAAUGUUUGUCAACAUUCCUACUUCUACUUACUGGAGAUGCAGAUGCAUCUCGGUCUUGUUCAUAUAUUGUUGAAUGCAAACUUUCUCAAGGAAAGGAAAAUAUAGCGUUCUGCUUUUA